AGGAAAUACAAUUAGACGUGAAGAUACAUAGUGACGAAUAUAUCCUUCCUUGACGCCGCUCCGAGCUAGAGAGAAAGAAUCCAUCCCCAGAGGAAGAUCAUCCUUCCUUCUUGUUCCCUUUGAGAAAAAACCGUUAUUGCACAUAAGAUCGAACGAGAAUAGAAUUGAAAUCUCCUCCUCUUUGAUUUCCUCCUAGAAGAUUCCGAACUUGAUGGAGCAUGAACAAGAUGACCCUGGGGUUGAUUUGCCACUUGAUGAUUCAUUGGAAAGUGAGCCUCUAUGUGAUGAUCCAACUGUGGAUAACAACAGCAAUCGUAUAGUUAAGGCUGAUGAUCCAGGAAGCAACGAGCAUCCUAACAUUUAUAGACACGAUAUUGUCAGAAACAACAAGACAGGUAGUAUUGGGGUUGUGAGCGAAGUUGCUGGUGAUUCUGACUCUGAAAGUGAUAUUAGCGAUGAGCAAAAUGAUGGUAGUGAUGAUGAUGAUGAGGACGAUGAUGAUGAUGAUGAUGCGGCUGAAGAGGAAGGGAAAAAGGCCAACGAGGACAAUGUUGGGCGUGGAGAGAAAAAAGCCGGUGGGAACUACAAAUGUGGUACUCUUGAGGGUGAUCAGAUUCGCGUUCUUUGGAUGGACGACACCGAGCCAGUUCAGGAUGUCAACAAUGUAACAGUUGUAGACCGUGGUUUCUUACACGGAGACUAUGUUGCUUCAUCUUCUGACCCAACUGGGCAGGUGGGAGUAGUAGUGGAUGUAGACAUGUCGGUAGAUUUAUUGGCUCUGGAUGGUUCUACCCACAAGGACAUCUCGACAAAAGAAUUGAAACGCGUCAGGGAUUUUUGUGUUGGUGAUUAUGUGGUUCACGGCCCAUGGCUAGGUAGGAUCGAUGAUGUGUUGGACAAUGUGACUGUGUUGUUCGAUGAUGGAUCCAUGUGUAGAGUCCUACGUGCUGAACCCCUCCAACUCAAACCUGUUUCCCAGAGUAACCUUGAAGAAGACGCAAACUUUCCGUAUUACCCAGGCCAGCGUGUCAAAGCCACCUCCUCGUCUGUUUUCAAGAGUUCCCGUUGGUUGUCUGGAUUGUGGAAGCCCAAUCGCUUAGAAGGUACUGUGACCAAAGUCACGGCUGGAUCUAUUUUUGUCUACUGGAUUGCUUCAGCUGGCUUUGGGCCAGAUUCUGCUGUCUCCCCACCUGAGGAGCAGAGUCCAAGUAACUUGACGUUGUUGUCAUCUUUCACUCAUGCUAACUGGCAAGUUGGUGACUGGGGCCUUCUUCCAUCGGUGAAUCAGUCUGCUACAAUUCCCUUGCACAAGCAUGUUUCUAAACUACGACUUUAUGAUUCUCAAGCAAGAAAGGCAGACCGGGAACAGAAUAAAUCCGAUUUAGAAGAUGAAGUAAGCGUAAAAAGUGAGCCUGUUGGCAUUACUGCUGAAGCUUUGCCAAAAGAAACUACUGUGUCUUCUACUUCUAAGGAGCCUGCGCAUGAACCUUGGCCUCUCCAUCGUAAGAAGAUACGCAAACUCGUUAUCAGAAAGGACAAAAGGGUUAAGAAAAAAGAGGAAAGCUUUGAACGAGCUCUAUUGAUAGUUAACAGCAGAACGCUUGUUGAUGUAGCCUGGCAGGAUGGUACAGUUGAAUAUAGACGGGAAGCAACAACAUUGAUUCCGAUUGAGACCCCUGGCGAUCAAGAAUUUGUCCCUGAGCAGUAUGUGGUGGAGAAGGCUUCGGAUGAAGAUGAUAACACAACUGAACCUAAGCGUGUUGGGGUUGUUAAAAGUGUCAAUGCAAAAGAACGUACUGCUUCUGUUAGAUGGUUGAAGCCACGUCUAACGGCAGAAGAACCCCGUGAGUUUGACAAGGAAGAAAUUGCAAGUGUUUAUGAGCUAGAGGUUCAUCCCGAUUAUGACUACUGUUAUGGGGAUAUUGUUGUUCGAUUAUCGCCUGUUACCAUGGCCUUACCAGCAUCUUCUGAGGCAACAGAGCAAGACAAUGGGCACCAAGAUGCAGAAUAUCAUCAAGAAGCUAUAGUCCGUGAUAAGGAACAAAAUGAUGUUGAUAUGAACCUUUCAGAGCUCUCAUGGGUUGGAAAUAUUACUGGCCUUAAGGAUGGUGAUAUUGAAGUAACAUGGGCUGAUGGAAUGGUCUCAACGGUUGGCCCUCAAGCAAUUUAUGUAGUUGGUCGGGACGAUGAUGAAUCAAUUGCUGCAGAAAGUGAAGCAAGUGAUGCUGCUAGUUGGGAAACUGUAGACGAUGACGACAAGGGAGGUGCUCCUGAAGAGGAUCUUGGAAGGGGUAGUUUUCUUGAGGAAAACUCCGAUGCAGAAAACAAUGGUGAGAAUGAUUCUGGGAGGAAUGGUGCCCUGGCUCUCCCACUAGCUGCAGUUGAAUUCGUGACUCGAAUGGCUAGUGGAAUCUUUUCACGUGGACAGAAAACUGAAGAUUCUUCCAGUUCUAGUCUCACAGAUGACAAUGGAUAUAAGCAGGCUGAAGUGACGAACUCUUCCCAGGAGAGGGGUUCUUUCCUUGAUGAUCAUAGUCCUACAAAUUUCAGUGCCACUGAUAACUAUGAUUCAGAGGGCACAGUUUUAGAAAAUGAAGCAGUGGAAAGAUCAGAGGGUGAAAAAUCUGAAGAGCCAAUACCUUCUGAAAGUGAUAGUUGCAGUUUCAAACGCUUUGAUAUAUCACAAGAUCCUCUGGACCACCAUUAUCUUGGCUCAGAUGAGCAGAAAACAAAGGAAAGACGGUGGUUCAAAAAGGUUGAUCAAGACUGGAAAAUACUUCAGAACAAUCUUCCAGAUGGAAUCUUUGUUCGAGUUUACGAAGAUAGAAUGGAUCUCUUAAGAGCGGUUAUAGCUGGGGCUUAUGGAACACCAUACCAAGAUGGUCUCUUCUUUUUUGAUUUUCACCUUCCAUCCGACUACCCUAGUGUGCCACCGUCGGCACAUUACCAUUCUGGUGGUUGGAGGUUGAACCCCAAUCUGUAUGAGGAAGGCAAGGUCUGUCUUAGCCUUCUUAAUACGUGGACAGGCAGAGGAAAUGAAGUCUGGGAUCCCAAAUCAUCUAGCAUCCUUCAAGUCCUUGUUUCACUCCAGGGAUUAGUGUUGAAUUCAAAGCCUUAUUUCAACGAAGCCGGCUAUGAUAAGCAGAUAGGAACUGCAGAAGGAGAGAAAAACUCACUGGGGUAUAACGAGAAUGCCUUUCUGCUAAAUUGUAAAACCAUGAUGUAUCUUAUGCGGAGACCACCAAAGGAUUUUGAAGAACUCAUCAAAGAUCAUUUCAGAAAACGCGGUUAUUACAUCUUGAAGGCAUGUGACGCCUACAUGAAAGGAUAUCUAAUAGGUUCUCUCAGCAAAGAUGCCUCGGUUAUUGAUGUAAGCUGCAGUGCUAAUUCAAAUUCGGUUGGUUUUAAGCUUAUGUUGGCUAAGAUUGCGCCAAAGCUAUUCACAGCGCUGAGUGAGGUAGGCGCUUACUGCAAUGAAUUCAAGCAUCUUCAGCAGCAGCAAUAACACAAGCCUCAAAGGAUAUACACCAAUUAUAUUGCCAAUUAACCAAGUGAAGGUUUGUGGCUUCUUUAUUAUUACAAGUUUUGAACUCAGAUAUGUCUGAAAUGUGCGUGUCAGUCUUUUUUUGAGUUAUGCAAGAAUUGCAUGUUCCUGAGUUGUAACCCCAUCUGCUCCAGCAAUAUUGACAAAGGUUUUUUUGGCUGUUUUGGAGUUUGCUUAAAAGUUUUAGGGGUGUACACUACAACACUUGUUUUGUCAUAUGGAUAAUUAACUUCAGACAGAUUAUUUCAAGUGAAGUUGUUUUGCUUUUA